AUGGAUGCUUACUCGAUAUCCUUCACUAGCUCGUCUAGCCGCAGCUCUUCGCGUAUCUGGCAGGACCUGAAGACCUGUCGCUUCCACACCACCGUCGAAAUAGAAUCCGAUGCCAUGUCGCAGGCACAGAGCAUAGUAUCCAAACUUAGUAAACGCCGCCUUGCGGACCCAAGCCGAAAGCCUCAUGUCGGGGUUGUUGGAGCUGGGCUAGCCGGCUUGAGAUGCACCGACAUCCUCCUCAAGCAUGGAUUUGAAGUCACAAUCAUAGAGGCUCGGAAUCGCCUAGGCGGACGGGUGCAUCAAGCAAGGCUUCCCAGUGGACAUCUGGUCGACUGUGGACCGAAUUGGAUCCAUGGCACCUCUGACAACCCCAUCCUGGAUAUCGCCAAGGAGACUGGUACUGCAAUUAGUAACUGGGAUACGAACUCCUACGUCUUUAACGAAGAUGGCGAGCUCCUCGUUUUGGCAGAUGGGGAGAUCUACUCCACGAUGAUGUGGGAUAUCAUACAGGAUGCCUUCGCCCACAGCAACAAGAACUCGGCAACCAUCAGCCCAGACGAGAGCCUCUGGGAUUUCUUCCAGAAAGAAGUCGCCAGGCGUAUACCGGAAAAUAAACCCGACUUUGACAAGAAACGACAGUUCGUCUUGCAGAUGGCGGAGAUGUGGGGUGCUUUCGUUGGGAGCCCAGUUUUCACACAAAGCCUCAAAUUCUUCUGGUUAGAAGAGUGUAUUGAAGGAGAGAACCUUUUCUGCGCUGGCACGUACCAAAAGAUCCUUCAGUCGAUCGCGAAAACCGCACUCGAUGGCGCACGUUUUCGAUAUUCGACAAAAGUCACAGAUGUGAAGACCACGAACGACGACGGUGCCAAAUUAUCAGUACUCACCGAAGGCGGAGAGUCGAUGGAGUUUGACGAGGUCGUCUUCACAGCGCCUUUGGGCUGGCUGAAGAGUCACCCGAAGACCUUCAGCCCGGCCUUGCCUCUAAGAUUGACCAAAGCGAUCAAUAGUAUCGGCUACGGCUGCCUCGAAAAGGUUUAUAUCAGCUUUCCCAAGGCCUUUUGGUUAGAACCCGACUCUCGCGGACGCGUAGUUCAAGGAUUCUGCCAAUGGCUUGCUCCAAAUUAUGCCCCCGAGUCAAAUCCCAAGCAGUGGAAUCAAGAAGUGGUUGAGCUCGCAUCGUUGACAGCAUCAACCUCCCACCCCACACUGCUGUUUUACACUUACGGCGACCAGUCUCGAUACAUUACUCAGCAUGUCGCAAGCCUCCCAACCCAGGAGAAGCGGGAUGCGUUCCUAUACGAAUUUUUCAAACCGUACUACUCCCGGAUGCCACAUUACGAUGCGUCCGCCCCUGAUUGCCAGCCCGUGGCAGCGUUCUCCACGGACUGGCUACGCGACGAGCUUGCGGGGAAUGGCAGCUACAGCAACUUCCAGGUCGGGCUGGAGGAGGGCGACCAGGACAUUGCCAUCAUGCGCGAGGGUUUGCCGGAGAGGGGUCUCUGGUUUGCAGGCGAGCACACGGCCCCUUUCGUGGCACUCGGAACCGCAACGGGCGCGUACUGGUCUGGUGAGUCCGUGGGGAAACGGAUUGCUGAGGCGUACGGGAGGAGGAUUGAUGGCAACGUGGACGUCACCGCGGCUUUAGACUGA